CUGACAUCUUUUGCAUGCCAUAUGAUUUAUCGAGCUAGUCUCCAUCGGCAUUCCCUUCUCUAAGAAUCCCUAUUCAACCCAGUCAGGUCACAAGGCCCGUCCUGUCGUGGUCUUCAGUCGUUCAGUGUCGACCCUUCCCGUGAGAUGAAGCCUUGAAAAUACAGAUGAGAGUGGCCGCUGGGCUAUCCUUUUCGCCGUUUCACCAUUCCCUCGUAUCAAUUUAGCACGGCGAUGAUAUAGAAUAUACAACCUUUUCCAACAACAUGCGGCCUUUCCUUGUCUUUUUCAUCUUCCUCGAGAUACUGGGACUUGCAGAGCCGAGAUCUGUCGAACGAUCUGCCUAUGCGUCAGUCGCGGAUUCCCUGGUUGUUGAAGAUCCCGGUCAAAUACGCUUGGUCGCGAAUGAAAGAGACGAAAUACAUAAAAAGCCAUGGAAGAACGAUCUUCCACCCGUCCUACAGGACAUGCUCGACGCAUUGGAGGCCAUGCAAGACACAUACUUUGACUUGUUCUCUGGGACCUGGCCAAGUGCCAUAGAUUGGACUUCUGCCGUCAUGGGAACCCAGGUCUCGGCAACGUUGGGCAGCAUUGUAUCUUCGCUGGACGUCUCUGCGACCUCUACUUGCGCCGACAUGUUGGUCAUGCAAAACAUCAUUGAUCGAUACUUUGCACAAACAUCGGUCUUCUACUUUGGCGAGAACGCAUUUGGAUUGCGGAAUCAGGCCUAUGAUGAUAUGCUUUGGGUGGUGCUCGGCUGGCUCGAGAACCUCAAAUUUGCUGAAAUGUAUUCCUUGAAACAUUGGGACUUUCUACGACACAAUAACGGAUGGCAUGGCUUGCAGGUCAUCCCUAUGGCGGCGCAUAGGGCUCGCAUUUUUUACGAUUUAGCAGCAGCUGGAUGGGACGAAUCAUUGUGUGGUGGCGGCAUGAUCUGGAACCCUUAUCUUACGCCCUACAAAAACGCCAUAACGAAUGAAUUAUUCGCCGCUGCGAGCAUUGGAAUGUAUCUGUAUUUCCCGGGAGAUAACAACACUUCACCCUACAUGGCGCAAGGCUCGGAAGGUUCUGCCAAACCGCAUGAUUCUGUAUAUCUGGAGAACGCGAUCAAGAGUUACAAAUGGCUCAUGGAGAGUCAGAUGCGCAGUCCCGAUGCAGGCAUGUAUCAAGAUGGAUUUCACGUUACCGGCUGGCACCGCUAUCCCAAUGGGACAGUCAAUCCGGGCACCGGAAAAUGCGAUGAACUGAACCGGAUGGUCUACACCUACAACCAAGGUGUCGUCUUGUCCGCCAGCCGUGGCCUCUGGAUUGCUACUGGAGCACGGAGCUAUCUAGACGAUGGCCAUGCUCUGGUGGAAAGUGUGAUUCGUGCCACUGGAUGGCCAAAUCUUGACCCUGCGUGGAGUGGCCUGGGACGAGGCGGAGUUCUGGAGGAGUUUUGCGACCACGGUGGCUAUUGCAGUCAGGAUGGACAAACUUUCAAAGGCAUUUUCUUCCACCAUUUGUCAGAAUUCUGUAGGCCACUCUGGGCCCAAGAGCAGUCAUUCCUCACCUCAAAAGGAGGUUCCGAUGACUUUGACCGGGACACUUAUGAUUACCACCUUGCACGGUGCGCUGCUUAUGAUAAAUGGGUGGCUCACAACUCACGAGCUGCCUUGGCCACCAAAAACACCAAUGGUCAUUUUGGAAUGUGGUGGACUUUUGGACAACCUGAUGAGAAAGAAAUGGAGAUCAUUCACGAAACGACCGUCCUCGCAGACGACGCUGAGGACCAUCUCAACCCGAAACUACAAGUUUGGCCGGGCCAAUCUGUUGCCCCGGCGGACUAUAACGAUCGAGGAAGAGGUCGAACAGUUGAGACUCAAAGUGGAGGAUUGGCAGUACUUCGAGCGAGAUGGAAUUGGGACGUCUAUUUCAGACAGAUCUCUAUAUGACAGAUAUGACAGUAAAUGACUUGUGUAUCGUUUGUACAUACAAUUUUGGAUGGAUAUGAUUGGAGG